AUGGAUUCCAAAGAAUUGCUUAACCCAUCGGAUCAGGACGAAGCAAGGAAAAAUGCGCUCAUCAGUACCAAAGGAGGGAUCGUGAUGGACUUCCAUCCACCCUUCAGGGGUGGAGCUACUGUCCAAGCCCCUGUGUCUUCAUCUCCUCUCCCCGCGUCUUCUCAGUCCGAUUCAGGUCAGCAACCUGCUUUGGCUGACUUUUCAAAAGGAUUAGGAAACAAUGUGCCUCAGCCAGACCUCUCCAAGGCAGUAUCGCUCUCGAUGGGACUAUACAUGGGUGAAACAGACACGAAAGUGAUGGGAAAUGACCUUGGAUUUUCGCACCAGGGCCAAAUCGGCAUCUCCUCUGGAGAGACGGACUUCAGGCUCCUGGAGGAAAGCAUUGCCAGCCUGAACAAGUCCUCGAGCCUGGCGGAGGACGCGAAGGGAGCUGUGUCUUCUGAGGUGCCGCUCGAGCCGGAUUUCCCGGGCAUGGCUGGCCGCAGCGUCCCUGCAGAGUCAGGAGCUGCAGUCCAAAGCCAGGCUGGCUCCAAUGGUGGCACCUUGAAGCUGUUCUCUGAAGACCAAAGCACCCUGGAUAUCCUCCAGGACCUAGAACUGCCGCCGGUGUCGCCUGGCAAGGAGCCCAAUGGGAGCCCGUGGAGGCUGGACCCGUUGCUGGACGAUGGUGGUUUGCUGUCCCCCAUCUCCGCCGACGACGCUUUCCUCCUGGAGGGCAGUCUGGACGAGGACUGCAAGCCUCCCAUUCUGUCUGACACUAAACCUAAAAUUAAUGACCGUGGUGACCUUUUACCCAGUUCCAAAAUGCCAAUGCCUCAAGUGAAAACAGAAAAGGAAGACUUCAUUGAACUCUGUACUCCUGGCAUCAAGCAGGAAAACAUGGGCCCACUGUACUGCCAGGCCAGCUUCUCCACGCCGAACCUGCUGGGAACGAAAGUCUCGGCCAUCUCCAUCCAUGGCGUCAGCACCUCUGGGGGACAGAUGUACCACUAUGAUUUGAACACUGCGUCGCUCUCGCAGCAGCAGGAUCAGAAACCAAUCUUUAAUAUCAUUCCAUCUCUUCCUGCCGGGUCAGAAAAUUGGAAUAGGUGCCAGGGAUCGGGGGACGAGGCGCUGGCUCCGCUGGGAACGCUCAACCUCUCGGGCAGACCUGCUUUCUCUAAUGGCUAUUCAAGGUAAUUAGUUUUGGUUGCUCUU